CCCCUUCCCCGGCUCCCCUGCCCGCCCUGCCGGGGAGGGCGGAAGAUGCCGGUGAAGAAGAAGAGGAAAUCCUCUGGGGUGGCAGCUGCAGUAGCGGAAGACGGAAACCUCAAAAAGUGUAAAAUCUCCAGCUAUUGCAGAUCCCAACCCCCUGCUAGACUAAUAAGUGGAGAGGAACAUUUUUCAAGCAAGAAGUGCCUGGCUUGGUUUUAUGAGUAUGCAGGUCCUGAUGAAGUUGUAGGGCCAGAAGGAAUGGAAAAAUUUUGUGAAGACAUUGGUGUUGAACCUGAAAAUAUUAUUAUGUUAGUUUUAGCGUGGAAAUUGGAGGCUGAAAGCAUGGGAUUUUUUACCAAGGAAGAAUGGUUAAAGGGGAUGACUUCAUUACAAUGUGACUGCACAGAAAAGUUACAGAACAAAUUUGACUUUCUGCGCUCACAGUUGAAUGACAUUUCUUCAUUUAAGAAUAUCUACAGAUAUGCCUUUGAUUUUGCAAGGGAUAAAGAUCAGAGAAGCCUUGAUAUUGAUACUGCUAAGUCUAUGUUAGCUCUUCUGCUUGGGAGGACAUGGCCACUGUUUUCAGUAUUUUACCAAUACCUGGAGCAAUCAAAGUAUCGCGUUAUGAACAAAGAUCAGUGGUACAAUGUAUUAGAAUUCAGCAGAACUGUCCAUGCCGAUCUUAGUAACUAUGAUGAAGAUGGUGCUUGGCCUGUUCUUCUUGAUGAAUUUGUUGAGUGGCAGAAAGUUCGUCAAACAUCAUAGCAAGAACUGUUGUGAAGAAAAUGCAAACCUUUUGAUCCCCACGCAUGUACAAGCUAAUGAAAUUGUGAAGAAAAUGCAAACCUUUUGAUCUCCACGUGUGAACAAGCUAAUGAGAUGAGGAAAAAAAAAUCUAAAGGGUGCAUUUUUAUUCAUAUGAAAGACUUCUCAUAGUACUUUUUUUUUUCCUUUUUUUUAAAGGAAGUUUUCUUGUUACAUGUGAUGGGUAUUGAGCCACACCUCUUCUGAGACUGAAUAUUGAAGUUUUUGUUUUGAGUUAUGUUUAUAACAUUUAUUUCAGAACAAUAAAGAUUCAGAUUUGUGACAAAGGCCUUAAAGUAAAGAUGUCCCUUGAGUGUCAGAGUGGUAUUUAUUUUUGUAAAUUUUAAUUCUUGUUUUUUAGAGUUCAGUUAUACCAGGAAUUUAAGGAAUUUUUAAGAUUUUAAACAGUUUUAGUAUUUGGCAGUGUAGUCUGUGGAUGUUGUAGCUCAUUAUAUUCAUUUCUGCACAAUUAGAAAGAAUAUUUAUUGACCUUGACUUCUGUGGUAGUGAUUUUCUGAUGCAGCAAAUAAAAUACAUUUCUGGAUAUUGAAAGUACUCCAACUUUCAGCUGUGGUUUUCUGUGAAAGCUGCCAACAUGUUGUGCACAUACUUUAUCUGAAAAGUUUAGAAUUGCAAAGAUUAUAUCUGGUUAUUUUGUUUUCAAACUAUUAAAUAUUGUCAGUAAGCAUAAA